AUGGAUAAAAAGUCACCAAAAGAAAUACUUGAAAUACUACAGCAAUUGUUACUAAACAAAACACCAUCUCAACUCAGUUUAUCGAAAAAACACUUAACCGCUGAUGAUAUCCGAGUAAUUAGUGAGGGACUCAAAGUCAAUAACACUUUGAAAGAACUUAGUUUAUCGAAUAACCUAAUUGGUGAGAAUGGUGUUCGAUCACUAAGUAAUGCACUCAAAGUCAAUCAAACUGUAACUAAACUUGAUUUGUACAAUAACCAAAUUGGUGAGAAUGGCGCUCUGUCAUUAAGUGAUGUGCUCAAAGUCAAUCGAACUUUAAGUGAACUUGAUUUGUACAAUAACCAAAUUGGUGAUGCUGGCGCUCGAUCAUUAAGUGAUGCACUCAGGGUCAAUCGAACUUUAAAAGAACUUCGGUUACCUCGAAACCAAAUUGGUGUAAAUGGUGCUCGAUCAUUAAGUAAUACACUCAACGUUAAUCGAACUUUAAGUAAACUAGAUUUGUGCAAUAACCAAAUUGGGGAUGCUGGUGCACGAUCAGUAAGUGAUGCACUCAAAGUCAAUCAAACUUUAAAAGAAUUUAGUUUGACCAGUAACCAACUUACUGAGAAUGGCGCUCAAUCAUUGAGUGAUGCACUUAAAGUCAAUCAAACUCUAACUAAACUUGAUUUGUACGAUAACCAGAUUGGUGGUGCAGGUGCUCAAUCAUUAAGUGAUGCACUCAAAGUCAAUCGAACUUUGACUGAACUUUAUUUGUCUUUGAACCAAAUUGGUGAGAAUGGUGCUCGAUCAAUAAGUGAUGCGCUUAAAGUUAAUCAAAGUUUAAAAGAACUUAGUUUGUCGAAUAACCAAAUUGGUGAUGCUGGUGUUGGAUCAAUAAGUGAUGCACUCAACCGUAAUCAAAGUUUAACUAAACUUUAUCUGUCUGAGAAUCAAAUUGGCGAUGCUGGUGCUCGAUCAUUAAGUGAUGCACUCAAAGUUAAUCGAACUUUAACUAAACUAGAUUUAUACAAUAACCAAAUUGGUGAUGCUGGCACUGGAUCAUUAAAUAUUUUCACGAUGUCGGUCAGUGAUUACGAACAAUGCUUGAGAGCAUGCAUCAAGCAGAACCGACAUGUCAUUGAGACACUGAGUGAACUCAUUACUGAAACGGAACAUCACCAUACCGUUUGUAAUUCUGUGAAAACAGGAGGAACAGCCGCUGGUUUAGUUGGAACAGGAUUGCUGGUUGGAUCUCUAGUAGCCGCACCAUUCACUGGCGGAGUAUCUCUUCUACUAACCGCCAGCUCCGCUGUUUGCUCAAUCGGUGGUGCUGCAACGAACAUCAUUACCAGUGCAGUUGAUCGAAGUCAAACUAAGAAGAUUAUCGGUGAAAUCCAAUCAUUGAUCGAUAGUCGUACGAAGAUAACGGCGAAAUUAAAAGAACAAUCUGAUCGUUUCAGCAGAGUGACUGAACAUUUAGUUUUAAGUGAUCUUAACGAACACGCUGCAUUCUAUACUACUUUUACUGCAUUAGCAAAUGGCCGUUUGAAUCUGAACACAGGCACUGGGAACGUUUCUGAUUAUGAAAAAUUCAUCGUAAUGGGUCGCCUUAUUCAGACCGAAUUCGAGCUUCUUAAAACGUUGGAAUCAACUUCCAAAGCUGUUGCUAUCGCUUCGGAAACACUUCCUGGAUUAAUCAGAUGA